CGCGCCGCUCUCUCCACCUCGUCCUCCGAGGGCGAGCCCGAGGGCGGCGCGCGGGAGCGCAGCCCCAGCGACGAGGGCGGCGGCGGCGAGUUCGACUCGGCCGACUCGGGCGCCUCGCCGCGCUACUCCACGGGCACGGGCGGCGACUGCAGCGAGGGCGAGGGCGCGGGGCUGGCGAGCAGCGAGAGCGGCGGCAGCGGCUUCGCGCUGCCGGAGAGGAAGCGGGCGCGGGCGGCGGCGGCGGGCGGCGCGGCGCGGGCGCGCUAUGAGGUGGUGCGCGAGCUGGGCGCCGAGGAGGUGCGCUGGUUCUACCGCGAGGAGCGCAAGAGCUGGAAGCCCUUCAUCGGCUACGACUCGCUGCGCCUCGAGCGGGCCUUCCGCGCCCUGGCGCCCGCCGCGCCGCCCGUGGAGCCCGUGUGCGUGCGGAGCGGCCUCUACGAGGUGGACGUGGCGAGCGGCGAGUGCUACCCCGUCUACUGGAACCAAUCUGAGAAAAUCCCUGUGAUGCGUGGACAGUGGUUCAUUGACGGGACGUGGCAACCCCUGGAAGAGGAGGAGAGCAACCUGAUAGAACAGGAACAUCUCAAUCGUUUCAAAGGCCAGCAGCUGCAGGAGAGCUUUGAUAUGGAAGUAUCAAAACCUGUAGAUGGGAAGGAGGCUAUUCAUAGUUUAAAGUUGAGCCGCAACCAUGUGGACUGGCACAGUGUGGAUGAAGUGUAUCUGUACAGCGACGCAACAACAUCUAAAAUUGCAAGAACUGUCACACAAAAGUUGGGGUUUUCCAAAGCGUCAAGCAGUGGGACAAGGCUACACAGAGGCUAUGUGGAAGAAGCCACGUUAGAAGACAAGCCACCACAGACUAGUCACAUUGUGUUUGUUGUGCACGGUAUUGGGCAGAAAAUGGACCAAGGAAGGAUCAUCAAGAAUACAGCUAUGAUGCGAGAUACUGCAAGGAAAAUAGAAGAAAAGUAUUUUUCCAAUCUUGCAACUCAUGUUGAGUUUCUUCCCGUUGAAUGGAGAUCAAAACUUACCCUAGAUGGAGACACCGUUGACUCCAUUACUCCAGAUAAAGUGCGAGGUUUAAGGGAUAUGCUGAACAGCAGCGCGAUGGAUAUUAUGUAUUAUACGAGUCCUCUUUACAGAGAUGAACUUGUCAAAGGGCUGCAGCAGGAGCUCAACCGCCUCUACUCGCUCUUCUGCUCUCGGAAUCCAGAGUUUGAGGAGAAGGGAGGGAAAGUCUCCAUCGUGUCGCACUCGCUGGGCUGCGUGAUCACCUACGACAUCAUGACGGGCUGGAACCCCGUCCGCCUCUACGAACAGCUGCUGCAGAAGGAGGAGGAAGAGCUUGAAGACCGUUGGAUGAGCUACGAGGAGCAGCGUUUGCUUGAGGAACUGUAUUUAACUAAACAACGGUUGAGAGAGAUAGAAGAGAGGUUACAUGGGUUAAAGGCAUCCACCGUAUCAAAAACACCUGUCUUAAAGUUUAAGGUGGAGAAUUUCUUCUGCAUGGGAUCUCCGUUAGCAGUGUUUCUGGCGCUGCGUGGCAUCCGCCCGGGAAACAGCGGUAGUCAAGAUCAUAUUCUGCCCAAAACGAUCUGCAACCGCUUACUAAAUAUUUUUCAUCCAACAGAUCCAGUGGCCUACAGACUAGAACCUCUAAUUCUGAAACACUACAGCAACAUUUCGCCAGUCCAGAUCCACUGGUACAACACUGCGAACCCUCUACCUUACGAGCACAUGAAGCCAAGUUUUCUCAACCCGACCAAAGAACCUACCUCAGUUACCGAGAGCGAAAGUGCUUCAACGAUACCCAGCCCCACCACCUCGCCAGUCUUGGUUCGACGUCAUUAUGGGGAGUCCAUAACAAACAUAGGCAAAGCAAGUAUACUAGGAGCUGCGAGCAUUGGCAAGGGCCUCGGCGGGAUGCUCUUCUCGAGGUUCGGCCGAUCGAGUACAACCACGUCGCAGGCGUCCGAGCCGGGCAAGGACGGAGCAGAGGGCGACGACAAGAAAGCCCCGACGGUCGGGACGCCGCCUUUCCCGCACAGCAGCUCAGGAUUUCUCGAUCCCACAGUGGAACUGGAGCACAGGAUCGACUUCGAGCUCAGGGAAGGUCUCGUGGAGAGCAGAUACUGGUCUGCAGUCACCUCACACACUGCCUAUUGGUCAUCUCUGGAUAUUGCUCUCUUCCUUCUAACCUUCAUGUACAAACACGACCAGGAGGAUCCUGACAAAUCCAAUUUAGACACUAUUUGAAUUUUGGAUCGGGGAGGGGGAGGGAUGGGGGAGGAAAUUUUAAAACCAGUGGCACAAAACUGAUGUUUUACUGUUAAACUGCAGUAUAUAAGGCAUGGAGGUUUCAGGUUUAAGUGCAUGUUUGGAUUUUUUCCUGUUUCUAAAGAGCAAAAAUGAUUUGUAUUUAAAAGUACUUUAUCGUUUUAAACAUUUUGCAGUGCUUAAUUGGGCCUGAAUUUAUUCCAAAUUCUCGUUAACUUGGACUGUAUAAAAAGCCAAUACAAUGUGUAGCAUCACAUAAGCACAGUUGUGCAGUGUGCUGGGUGACAUACUUGUUAAUGACCAUAAUUGCUGUUUAGUUCAUUAAAGUAUGACAAUUAGUUAAUUAAAUAACUAAAUUAAUUUCCAUUAACAAAACAUAUGUUAGAUACAAACCUAAAACUGCCAUGUUCUGAUGUUUUCUGUAUCAGUAAAUGACAAACGGUGGUGUCAUUUUUCUAGGAUUUUAUUCAGACUCACAUCCUAUUAUCCACAAUUCUGUUGCAAGACCAUUCUGACUGCUGGUUUCUGAGGGCCUGUUAUACAUGACACAUGUAGAAACUAAUGCUGAAAAAGCAGGAAGCAAAUAUUUGAAAUACUGUAAUUAUAAUUUAUUAUUAUCUCUAACUGYUUCAUUUUAUUCCAGUGUAUAAAACAUUACUUUUUUACUGGUUUCUUUUGACAUAAUUUAAGAACCA